GCCCCCCUGCUCAAAAUUUGAAUGAUUAUUUACACCUUUUAAUGGAUUCAGCCAGACAAAACACAACGCCACCACUAUCCCGUUUCUCUGACAUACAACACACAUUACCAGCUCCACUACGCAGACAGUACGAGCUUUAGCUGUCAAGCUUCCAUGGACGACUAACUUCCUCACAGUAAGCCAAACUCAUUUAAAAGCACCUUUAAGUCGUCACUUUGAAUCCCCUCGCCACUUUCCAUGGCUGAAGUUCAUGUUCUCCCUUCUGACACUGGAAAUCCCUCUCAGUCGUUCGAUGACGGCAAACUUACCGUCUCCGUCGCCGUGACAUCUGCUCCAAAGAGUCGCAGAGACAGAGCCUCUCUGCACAAUGAGCAGGAUAAUAAUACUGGAAACGGUAGUGGUAACAGCAAUAGUGACCAGUUGUCUGUUUUAGCGCUUCUGUUAACGACAUUUAGGCGGUCUCUGGUUGCAUGCCGUGCUAAUCGUGAUGAAUGUACGAACAUGGAGAUUAGCUGGCCUACAAAUGUGAGGCAUGUGGCACAUGUAACGUUUGAUCGCUAUAAUGGCUUCCUAGGGCUGCCAGUCGAGUUCGAACUGGAGGUUCCUAGGAGAGUUCCCAGUGCCAGUGCAAGUGUCUUUGGGGUGUCAGCAGAAUCAAUGCAGUGUUGUUACGAUUCAAAAGGGAAUAGUGUGCCCACUAUUCUUUUGCUUAUGCAGGAACGAUUGUAUGCCCAAGGAGGUCUUAAGAUGGAAGGUAUAUUCCGCAUAAAUGCAGAGAAUACACAAGAGGAGCAUGUACGGGACCAGCUCAAUAAAGGGAUUGUGCCUGAUGACAUAGACGUACAUUGUCUGGCAGGUUUGAUAAAGGCAUGGUUCAGGGAGCUUCCUUCGGGCGUGCUGGACUCCCUCACACCUGAUCAAGUAUUACAGUGUAAUGCAGAGGAACAAUGUGUGGAACUGGUUAAGCUUCUACCUCCAACACAAGUAGCCCUCUUGGACUGGGCUAUCAAUCUAAUGACAGAUGUUGUACAAGAAGAACAGAACAACAAAAUGAAUGCACGGAAUAUUGCGAUGGUCUUUGCACCUAAUAUGACCCAGAUGUCUGAUCCCUUGACAGCUCUUAUGCAUGCUGUUCAAGUAAUGAACUUUCUUAAGACCUUAAUACUCAAAACAUUGAGGGAACGUGAGGAGGUGGCCAUAUGUGUUUUGACUACUCAUUGUUGCACAGAUCGUCCUGAUGAAGAUGGCUAUGAGAGCACAGGACAGACACUGGGAACUUGUGAUGUAAUGGAAAACACUGAUGAUGAUGAACAAAAUAGUGGGAGUGUUGAAUUUCCAGUGGAAUAUUAUUGCCGCAGCACUGAUGGUGAUUCAGUUGAUGAGAUUGAGGAAGAUUUCUUGAAUCAUUUUGGUGAGAAGGAUACCACAGAUGAAGAGGAUCUCUCUGGUGGCAGUGGAGUUGACAAUUUCAGUCCAAGCAGCAGUGCAAAUGAUGAAGUGAGAGAAACCAUUGGAGCAAGGAUGGUAGACGAUUUUAAUGAGGUUGAUGUUUAUCAAUUUAGGAAACAACCUAACAUGUUUCUCUCCGAAAGUGACCAGGACAGGGUAGAAUCAAGUGAUGAGGACUCUGAUAGCACUUCUGAAUUUGUGGACAAUGAAAAUAUGAAGAACAAUGCAGAAGAUCUCAGAGAAAAUAAGGAUCAUGCACAUUAUAUGGUUCAGGUUAGCCAGGCUGGAGUGAAGUCCAAAGGAGGAAGUGUUAUUAAUUCUAUCGAUCAGCAAACUGAGAGGGUGGAAGCAUGGUGAUAAAUUUCAUUUUGGUUUUUGUUAUUUUGUGAGAUAUCUGUUUCUCUAACCAUAAGAUUUUUAGGCGAUUCUUGGUUACUGAAGGUUUUCAAGACUUUUGAAUUUGCUCUAUGUGCUCUAACCAUUGGUUUUUUGGGUGAAUCUUGGUUAUAGAAGCUUUUCAAGGCUUUUGACUUCAUGGGUGAUUUGUUGACUUUGACUUCUAAGUUUGUUCAGUGUAGUUGUUCAUGGCCAAGGUUCUGAAUUUAUACCUGACAACUAUGUAAUCUUUGUAAAUUAUUCAAGGACAUUGCAAGUUUGGACCCAUUGGCUUCAUGUGGGUGCAAAGCUCUUUAGAUCUGUAAUGAUUUUCAGUCAGACAUCUUGUUUGGCUUAACUUAGAACAUGUCAAGUUAUGAUCUGCCAAUUUGUGAUUGUAAAACAAACAUUUCUUUGUGGAAGUAUAAUUUGAUUUACCUUUUUUCUCAAAGAAA